UUCAUCUCGAUAGUAACAUGCUAAGAUUUUUCGGUUGAACAGCUAAAGUCUUUUUAAAAAUUUUAGUCAUUGUUUACCCUCAAUAAAUUAAGAGAUUACAUUUGAGUAAUUCCUAAGACACUAAAGCGUUUUUUUCACUGAAUGAAUAAAGGCAAAUAAGUUUUUAAUAUCAAUCUCAAUGAAUUAAGGUACUCUCAAAAUUGCUGGAAUUUUUGAAAAUGUAAACAUGGCAGAUCCCGCUGCUAGUAGACAAGAAAAAUCUUUGGGGCUUUUGACCUCUAAGUUUGUUUCUCUUUUGCAAGAUGCAGAAGAUGGCGUGUUGGAUAUUAAAUCAGCAGCCGAGUUAUUGGCCGUGCCGCAGAAACGACGCAUCUAUGACAUCACAAAUGUGCUGGAAGGGAUUGGCCUCAUUGAGAAGCGCAGCAAGAACUGCAUCAUCUGGAAGGGUGGAGGUCCAGGCACCAAUACACAAGAGUAUUCUGACAUGGUCAUGAAGCUCAAGAGAGAGCUGCAAGAGCUGGAGGAGCAUGAAAAAAUGUUGGAAGAACACAAAAAGUACAUUGAGCAAAGCAUCAGCAAUGUCAGCCAAGACAGCGAGAACACAAAGCUGGCCUACGUCAGUCAGCAGGACAUCUUGAGCUGGUUUCCUGACCAGGCUGUAGUUGUUGUGCAGGCGCCACCUGCCACAAAGAUGGAGGUUUUCUUGCCAUCUAAGGAGUCGAGUCUGUCAGCUGCAGGUCAGAAAGCAAAGAAGUACCAGGUUUCGUUGAAGAGUGAGACGGGUCCCAUUAAAGUGCUCAUGCUGGAGAACAACAGUGGCAAAACAUCUGCAGAAACACUUGAUUUCGUGUCAAGCAAAAGCUGCCGGGGGAUGAAGAGACAGCGUCUCAGUAUGCAGGGGAUAGGUUCUGCUGGGCAGGCUGCAGGAGAGCUGAGCUUCAUCAAUGCAUCUUCUUUGGAUGCAGAUAGCCAGGAUCAGCAAUCCAGUGAUCGCCCAGUUCGCGAUGCUUCCAGAUUAGGAGUCACCGUCAUGGCGCAGGAAGCUAAGGAAGAAGCUGUCAAUAAGAGUCCUCGCCGCUUGGCGCGGAAGGCGGCGUCCGGCGUGAGCAGUGCCACCGAGUCCCUCAUGACUGCCAGCAGACGCUCCAAGCGACGGCUGUCCGAGGCCUCUGUAGCUGCUGAAUCCUUAAGCGUGCGUCCGAGAGCGAGCGAGUUGCUGCCUGCGGUGGAAGACGUCGUCUCGCCUGUCUGCCCGGACGACAUGGGCAACCUUCUGCCGCCAACGGCCCCUGCCUCCCCUCUGUCCUCUACUGGCAUCGAUCCUGCCAUGCCCAACGUCAGCAGUGAUAUUCUCGACGAAUACUUGGGCUCGGAUGGAGUUGACCCCUUCACGCCGCUGAUCACGCUGAGCCCGCCAGCCUCGGACCGAGACUACCUCUUCACCCUGGACCCGACGGAAGGCCUCGCUGACCUCUUCGACGACACCUACAGCCUGCCUUCCUUCAUGACUGCGCAGACGUGCGAAUGACAAAUAUAAUCUUUAGUUUUCACCUUAACAUUAGAGGAACACUACGCAAAUUUCUUAGCUUGAAUUGAAGUCAUUAUCGCGCGGAUAGCGUUCCGGUUACAAUUUGUAUGGCAAAAAUUUUAAAGAUGUCUACUCAUGUGAAUUAGGGUAGAUAAUUUGAGUUGUAUAAUCAUGGAGCUGUUAUCAAGAAGAGAGCAUUUUGCUGGAAGGUAAACCUCUUGUUUUCAAGUUAUAGCGACAUUUGUGAAUAUCUUAAUUCAUUUCAAUUCCUGGCUGCACACAACGAAAACAUCGCCGCGACUGACUGGAUUUUUGUAGAUUCGCGUUUUCUUGAACCGCCAUGAGCUUCUUUCAAAUUUAUGUUUGUAGCGCAUAUCUGUGCUCGUUAAUCUCACCAAAGAUUGUUUUGUUUUAAGCAAUUGCUUAAUUUAUUUGAACAAUUCGCAUCUGUCUCCUGCUUCACUACGAUAGUCAAGUCAAGAUGUCUGCUGACAUUUGCUUUGAACGAUAUAUUUCAUACCGCCCCACUUCAUUGACCGCUGACUCAAGUUUUAAUAAAAAUUGUGUGUGUUCAAGAAAUAGAUCUCCUUUCUUUCAUUGUACGUAGUAUUGAGUUUUGGAUAUGAAAAGCUUUCUUGUUCUCAAGUCGAGCGUAAUUGAUAAAGCACGAAACAAGUAAUGGUAUUCUUGUGAAGUUUCAAGUUGAUAGCGUUUUUUCUUUAAAGAAAAUAGUUACCAGUGAUGUACUUUUUUAUGUAGUCGAAAUUGCUAGAACGAAUUUGGCUUCUUAUUUAUAGAUUUUAAACGAUUUCUCGUGGACUGCAAAGCCUGAAAUGGGUGCUUUCAUGUCAAUUUUCUGAUUUUCAAUUGGUCUCUUGUAGCCUCUAAUUUCCAUUCAGCUUUCUUUGAUUUUGAGUUGCCAGCGAACUAAGCUUUUGCUUUCAACUUAGCUCCAUUAUCCGAUCGUUCCACUAUUUUCGUUGCUAUUUCCCUUAUUUCUUGAUUAUUUCAUGUGUAAUUAGUGUGGGAAGAAUUCGACAUGCCAAUUUUUUAGAUUUUUCCCUCUUGGUUUGUAUCUUGGUGUGACCCGUCGUUCUUCUACCAUUAUUUGUGGUGCGAUAUCAUUUACAAUCUCGCCGCAUUCGUAGCAUGUGUCUCAUCUUCCAUGACUUUGUUUUUUUUGGUCCCAAAUCCGGGCUGUAUUAAUUACUGCUGGUAACUUCUACAGUAAGUCGCUUAUCGCUCUUUUUGUGGCUAUACAAAAUAAAUUUUAGAAAUCGUUGUUGGGUUUCUAAAUAUUAGUCACUUUCAUUGAGGUUUGAAAACAUAAGUUUGUGUGAAGCUUCCUUUAUUCUUGUUCUUCUUCAUUCAUUGUCAAAUUCUUAUGGAGCUAAGCCAAUACAUUUUAUUUGAUUUAUGAAUAGAACAUUAUAGAUUUUCCAUCGUUUUAGCGGGCUGCACUCCUAAAAGAUCUCAUGACACGUACUGUCUAAGUUAUUCCUUAGUACUUUUGAUUAUCUGGUCUAUAUCAGAUCAGUUGAAGUGUACAAAGUAAGCUAAGUGUAUUGUUGAUGUAUAUAAACUUAAUUUGUUGAUUAAAUUACGUUAGUAAAU